AUUUUUUUGUGGACUUUCUUAAAGAAAACUUGAAGUUUAAUAUAAAAAAAUCCCAAUUGGAUUUACCAAAAACAUAAUUAAUUGUUUCUAUAAUACUUGUUUUAAUCAUAUUCAUAGAUUUCUUUACAUAUAUCUACGUAUCUGGCUUAGAUAGAGUAUCUUUGGUUGCUCCAAUUUCUUAAAUUUCCGUUUACAGGGUUUAUGCUUUAUACGCCUUGGGGAUUUUAUCUAGCUCGAUUUGGAAACGACGAUCCUUCGGAACUCAAUCGGCUGAUGCCGCCAUCUUCCUCAUCUCUCUCCAUCUUGUCGCCGGCCAGACCCUUUCCCUUUCUUUCAAAUUCUUAUUGGAUAAUUCUCUCUCACUUUUUUUUUUUCUUUUUUUUUUUAAUUUGUGAAUUCACUAUGUAUGUGGAAAUUUGGGUAUGAGCUUGAAACAAGAACUGAAAUUUGCGUAUGUGCUGGUUUGACAUAUUUAGUUAUGGUGUAAAUUGUGGGUGCAUUAAUUUUCAUUGUUUGGAGUAUUCAAAUGCUUAUUGUGAAAUGUGGAUUAGGUUUGUUUAGAUUGUAGUCUUGAUUUUUAUCGAAAUUUGGUCGUUUUUUGUGGUUAAGUUAAUUUUGAGUAUAAUUGAUAGUAAAUAGUAAUGAAUUUCACAAAAUUAAUUGAAAUUUAGUUUAUAUUACAUUAUAGUAGAGUGUUUAUAAGGUAAUUGAGUUUCUGCAUCUUCCCAGAAGAAACCUUAACAAACAGGCUUGAUAUAAAAUUGUUGAAUUAGAUGAGAACUAAGUGAAGCAAGCAAAAAGGAACAAAUUUUUCCUUCCGGUAUAACAGUAUUGCCACUGUGCUUGAUCUUCAUAGCUUGGUAAAUCACGUUAUCUAUGUAGCUAACUUGAUCAUUACAUGCCUAUUUUCAAGCCAAGUUUCUUCACUGAUAAUUUAUUAUCUUGCCUUCCUUCUUCCCUUUCCUUUUAGGGAACCUAAUUCUUAUUAUGUCUUUAUAGUUAUCUUAGAUUCCAGCAUUGUCAAUCAAGAAUCAUAUCUAGUAGGUAUGUUAGGAUCUACAAAUUUAUUUGAUCCACAAGCAUAUGUGGUAAAUUUGAACAAGGCACAUCAAGUCAUCCCUAAAGGUAAUUACUCUAUCCGGUAAGAUUUCGCAAAACUAAGUUUGUCUUUUUAUGAGUGCCUAGUAAUACAUUUAGUAUAAAAAGAAGCCUACAUAGUAUAUUCUCACACGCAACCUACUCUCUCUUUUGCAAAUGCGACCAUCCGGUUCUAGGGUUUCAAUGGAACAGUUGCCGGAGGAAAGGGUUUCAAUCGAACGGUUGCCCGAGGAAAUGCUUGCAGAAAUACUGAUAAGAUCAGAGGUGAGGGAUCUGAUCCGUUACAAGAGCGUUUUAAAUUCAUGGAAAUCUUUGAUCUCUCGAGCUGAUUUCAUCAAAGCCCAUCUUGAACACAGUUAUCGCCGUGAUUCUGAAAAUGACAAAAUUGUAAAAAGGAGAAUUGUUAUGUCUGUUAUGCUCUACGGCAACAAGCGAAGUAAUGCUGAUAAUAUCUAUUUUGACAGUCGAAAACGUCAUAUACUCGGCUCAUCAAAUGGUUUGGUAUGCAUUACUCCCUCUCGUGCUGAAUAUUUACUUAUCAAUCCUGAAACUAGAGAGGUGAAUAAACUGAAAAAGCCCCAAAUACCUGACGCCGGACCUUUGACUUAUGGUUUUGGCUAUAAUUCAUCCAAAGAUGACUAUAAGGUGGUAUUAGGUUUUGGGAAAGGUAGCAGUCAUACCUGUUUUCUAAUUUUUAGUUCAAAAUCCAACCUCUGGGAAGUUAUAGGAGAAGUAGACUACACUUGUAUCAGUAGGGUGGGUGUCCUUCACAGAGGAGCACUUCAUUGGGUUGCAUAUCAUGGUUCACCUGACGAUAAGCAACAGGUAAUUCUUUCUUUAGAUUUGUCCAAGGACAAAUUUAAGGAGAUUCCACAACCUGAUGAUAUGAGAUAUAAGAAUGAUGUAGCUUCCGAAGGAACAAUGCGUUUGGGGACCAUGGAUGGUUGUCUGUGUGUAUUUGAUGGUAUGUGUACCGUCAAAAUAUGGGUGAUGAAUGAGUAUAAUGUGAGACAAUCUUGGGAGCUUGUGUGGCGUGGCCACAAGACUAAGACUGAAGUUGUGCAUCACUUGAAAGAUAUAAAGUACUACAGACCAAAGAAGAGGUUUCUGUGUCAUAAAGAGAGUGUUGUCCAAACUCCAGAUUUUAUAUGGGCUCCUAGGUAUAUACCAAGCCUUGUAUCUCCUCGUGUAUGCAGUAACCUUGUAUCUCCUCAUGUAUGCAGUACACCGGACAAAAAGAGGCAGGAAACAAGCAUCACCAACAGUCGCAAGGUACCAAAACUUUGUCUUGUCCCAGGUAGUUCAAGUGAGUUGGGUAAUCAUGAAAGCUAAGCAAUUUGAAUAUGAUGGGUCAUGGGGAUGAAGCUCCAGAGGAGGUGAUCUUGAAGAAAAGCUGCUGAGCACAUCAAUUGCGUGUUGAAUCUUUCGAUUUCUGUUUAAAACUAUGUUUUAAACCCUGUUUUAUGUUAUUAGAGAUCUAUGGAAUUAUCUUUAACAAUCAUGUGUUUGAUGGUUUGAAAAUCUUUAACAAUCAUGUGUUUAACGGUUUGAAAAAUGCUUUAAAGAUUGUUCUUUAUAUGGAGUUCGUAUCUUAGACAUUGGUACUUUCAUGGA